AUGCUGUGUAUCAUGUGCCUUAAAAAAUUUCUGAACGUAGUUCUCUUCCCAGUAAUAUCUCCAAUAAUUCAUUGAAAGUUGAAGUUUUUGGUGCAAAUAUGUAAAACUCUGGUUGCCUCGCUUCCAUUUAUUCUCCUGAAAUCAACUUAAUUCAUAUAGUUUUAUUCAUUAUUAUUUUAGUUGAACCAUUGACUGAAAUGAAAGUGUUGCAAGUUUAUGAAAACUGUUUCUUAGCGGUUUAGCUUUGCUGAUGAUUACUGUCAGAAAACAUGAUAAACUUGAGAAAGAUUCCAUACGAAAAGGAAUUAUUAACUGACUACAACGGUAGCACAAAUCUUUAAAGAAGUGAAUGUUGGAUCUCCUACACCUUUGACAAAGUAAUGUUAGCGUUCAACCCAAAAGUUUCUUUAAUGGAUUUCAUUUUUGUUGUUACUUAUCUCGACUUUAUCCUAUGCUUAGGCCGUUCGCUUUGGAUAGAGAUUCACAUAAGAGCUUCAAUGGUCAAUUGCCACAUUUAGAUUUAGAGAACAGGGGCAGUGGAUUUGAUACAAGAAAAAGAAUUGGUAUUUUGACUGAUAAUUCUGAGUCAGGCAUAGGGUCAGUGGCAUUUCAAGGUUUGACUGACAUGAGUAUUUGUGACGAUGUGUUCUUGACUUCACCUGGAACGACACCUGCAAGUAAUAAAGAUACUGUGAGGCAAUCAACUCAGCUGCAAGCAGAGGUGUUUUUGCAAUCACUAAAGGAAUUCAUAGUCGAAAGACAGGGUUUCCUGGGUGAUGGCUGGCAUGUGGAGUUCAAGCAGUGGUCUAACAAUCAUGAUGCAUACGCUGUUUUUUGUUCCCCAGAUGGUAAUCGGUUUGAUUCGAUGGUUGAUGUUGCUCGUUAUCUUGGUUUAACGUCAAAGGUCACUUCUAUGGAUGUUGAUGAAAGAACUGAGGCAUCUGAUUCUCUGCAAAUGCCCUUGCCUCAGUGCAAAAGGAUGAAAGGCCUAGCACGACUUUCAAGAACAAGUAGUGAUUCUGAAAUGCAAGGAAUCAUGAUAAAUGGACAUCGUGGAGAUUCGUCUGAUGAUGAAACUGUAGAACCUUGGCAGCACAACACAACUCAAGAUGCAAGUGCUACUGAAUCUAUUCUGGAAGAGAAAAACUGCCCCUCUCAUCAGCUGAAUGUAAGUAUUUUGGAGUUCAUUAUAAUUUUUGAACUUUUGAUUAUUAGUUUCUGUCGAAUAAGAAUUACUUUUUCCUAGUGUUAAUACUUGGCCAUUGCACUUCCAGCUUGGUUUACCUGUUCAAUUCGCGGAUUUUUUUAUUAGCUCUUUGGGUGAAGUCGAUCAACGACCAGCAUAUCAUGAUACCCGUCAUAUUUGGCCCAUAGGUUAUACGUGCCAGUGGCAUGAUAAAAUAACUGGAUCAUUGUUUGAGUCUGAAGUUGCAGAUGGGGGUGAUUCUGGACCCGUAUUCAAGGUUAAACGACGUCCUUGCUCUCUACCGCCGAUUGGAGAUGGGAGAAUUGUUCUUUCACCAUCUGUUCUGGCUCCUUUAGAAGGUAGUGCACUUGAGGAUUUUUCUGACAAUGAUUCGACUCAAAUUCAAAUGUUAGUGUCAGAACCCGAUCCAUUUCAGCAAGAUUUCUUGUCCUGCCUCUCAAAUUUCUCAGAGAAUUGCUAUGAUCCAUCUAUAUCAUCAGCAGAUAACCAGAGAGCGGGCCAUUCUGAAAAUCCAUUGAAGAAUGAAAUUGGAGAGUUUCAUGUACAAGGAAGAUCAUCGUCUGCAGUAUGGAGAAAAGUAUCUCAGACUCUUAUCAAUUUGUGUCAUGAAGUUUACAGUCACUCAGGAAAUCUGAAGCUUUGUUGCACACAUGCUGUGUGUGGGGUAUCUUCAUUUUGUGAGGAUGUUGAGAAUGAGCAAAAGUUGAAAAAACUUGGUCCCUUGGCUAGAUUUUUUUGUGUUUUUGGCCCACGUCAAGUUCCGAAGGUAAUCAACUGUGAGAGUCAGCUGGAAGCUUCUUGUGAAUCAUUAGCAACAUGGCUAGAACAUGAUAGAUUUGGAUUGGAUAUGGAUUUUGCACAGGAAAUCAUAGAACGGCUUCCAGGAGCCCUUGGUUGCAGGAAAUAUAAAUUUUUAACUAAAAGGAGUUGUUAUCCUACAUCGAAAACGGUUGGUAGCGGUUUUCUGUCAGCUAAAGGACAAGCUAUGGAACAAUAUGCGGAGGAAGUGGCAUUGUCUACUCUGUAUGGACCCAAAAUAUCCACGGUGCAAGAGCAAGUUGAAGAGCUACAUUCAGCCAAGCACUUUCCUCCUGGACGACCUUUGGACAGUAGGUUUCCUUUAGAGCUGGUGGGUGAUGUUGUCCAGGUACGUAGAUGACACUUUUUAAAGGCUUCUAAGAAAAGCUAAAAAGCUAUUUAGAAACAAAGUUUUUUUUAUUUCACACCUCUUACUCUUCGAAUGUUUGUUCAGAUAUGGGAGUUUUUGUGGCGUUUCUUUGAGAUUUUGGGUUUGGGAGAGCCAAUAUCCUUCAACGAACUUGAAGAGGAGCUCAUUGACCCAUGGCCUAUUGGCACUGCUCGUCUUGAAACGUUUGAGAAAGAAAUCCAGGAAACUCGAGAAUUGUCUUCACAUUCAAGAGAAAUUGCUGGUAGAAAUUCCACUUUUGAAACUGAUUUGCCAGUUUCUGGGCAGCGUACACCAUUGUUUAUUCAGGUUGAGACAGGACCCAUGAGGGAGGCUUCUCUAGCUAAAAUGGCAUCAUGUACUUAUGGUAGAUGCACUGGUAACGUUUUGGCGAAGGUUCAUAUGUCACUUCUGAAAGUUUUGGUAGGUGAGUUGCUGUCGAAGGUCUCAGUGUUUGCAGAUCCUAGCUUCGAUCCUGGAGAAUCAAAAUCUAGGCGUGGAAGGAAAAGAGAUGUCGAUAAUUCCCUUCAGGCAAAGAAGGCAAAGAUUGACAUCCUUCCACUUAAUGCAUUGUCUUGGCCAGAAUUAGCGAGGAGAUACAUUUUAGCUGUCUUAUCUACAGAUCGAAGCCUAGAGUCUUCUGAAAUAUCUUGUCGUGAUGGACUAAAAAUCUUUCGCUGCAUACAUGGUGAUGGUGGGGUUCUCUGUGGGUCACUUGCUGGGGUUGCUGGUAUGGAAGCAGAUGCAUUGGUAAAUCUUUCGUAAGCCAUUUUCUUGAUUCGAGUUAUGUUUUCUUCCAUGAGAUAUUUCAGUUGCAAUGAUAGUUUGGCGGAUCAUGUUUUUAUAUUUCAUUUUUUUCUUAAUUAUCAGAUUAAAGUUGUUAUUCAUGAUGUUUUGUUGCAACGUUGUCAUUCCCUCCAUACCUUAGACUGAUCGAUUUUCCUGAAAUUUUGGAUCUCCUUAUUUGGAAUGCAAUAACUAAUCAGUUUUUUGGGUCAGCAUUAUCAUUGUUCUUAGAGAGUUUGUGAUUAGCGAUUCUUCGCUCAGUGAAACUUAUCUGAGAAAAUGCGAGGCAUGUUGUGCUAAUAUGACAUGGAAUCAUGUGAAAGAAGAAAAGAAAAAGAAGAGCACAGAAUGCCUAUGAUUUCUCCCGCAAAUGAUAGGGAACCCAACCUCCAGGAAAUCAUCAUCUAGCAAUUCCCUCAAGUCAUCCUUGUGAGAAGUGAGAAUUUCUUCUUUAUGAUUGUGAUGACACUUCUUCUUUCGGUGAAACUUAUCUGAGACAAUGCGAGGCAUGGUGUUUUAAUGUGGGAUGCAAUCAUGUGAAAUAAGAAAAAAUAAACUCACAGAAUGCCCUAUGAUUUCAUCUAGCUAUUCCCUCAAGUCAUAUUCAUGUGAGAAGUGAGAAUCUCUUCUUUCUGUUUUAUAGAAAAUGCACGAUGUCAAAUCCCCAGGUUGUCUGAUUAUUUACUUCCCUUGGAGAAGCUUUUGAACUAUCAUUUAGCCACAGCUGUCUCGAACUUCCUGUGCGUUUAAAUGCUUCACAGAUGAUUGCAUGCAUGAAAUGGUAAAGAAAUCUGAUGAUAGUCCGGAAACCUGUCUAAAUUUUGGUAAUAUUUUUCUUUUAUUAAUUAAACACCUUCAUCGAUCCUUCCUCUCUUGUAUGCUGUGAGAAGGUUUACUCUCCUCUAGAUGCUUUGAAAAAUGUUCCUUUGGUUCAUGGUAAAGUUGGUUUCUUUUUAUUUUAAUUAUGUAGAUAAAUGGCUUACUGAAAGCUAUUCACUAACUUACAUAAUUCUCAGCUGCUUGCAGAGGCUUACAAACAAAUUUCUGAUCCACUAAGAAGAGAGAAUGAUGCUUGGCCCGUGGAGGAUAAGGAUCCUGCUGUUGUUUCUCUUGCUGAGCCCCCAGUGAACAAUGGUCUAGGGACCCCAGAGUGGGCACAGCUUCUGGAACCAGUAAGGAAACUUCCCACUAAUGUGGGAACUAGGAUUAGGAAGUGCAUCUAUGAUUCUCUGGAGAAAGAUCCGCCAGACUGGGCAAGAAAAAUUUUGGAGCAUUCCAUUAGUAAGGAGGUUUAUAAAGGAAAUGCAUCCGGGCCAACAAAGGUAAAUCUUUGUUAGUUUUUGAAAAGAGCUUAUUUCCGAAAUUCUUGGUCUUUUAUGUUGGCGAAGGAUCUUAAGCUAACAAUACUUAUCCGUUAAUUGUUUUUUUGGUUUGACAGUUAUUUUUAAGUCAUCGGUAUAGAUUUAUGAGCACGUCCUAUUUCUCAAUGCUUUUCGCUGGGUGUACAAUUUUGUUUUUGUUUCUGGGGGCAUACUAAUCCCCUCCACUAACACUUUUAUGACGAAAUUGUGAUCUUGAUAAUAUCUUUUUUUAUCAAAUACAUAACUGAAUAUUGUCGACUGACCUAGCACAUUUUUUGGGAGCUCUUUGCUUUGUCAGUAUGGUUCUUACCUGAGGUAUAAAAUAACCAGAAGUUCCAAAGAAUUGUCUUUCAUAGAAGUUCAUAGAAAUUAUAAAUUGUUGAUGCUACUUUUUUGGUAAUCUUCACUAUUUCUUCUUGGGUUCACUCUUCUAUUAUACGACUUUGACAUAGAAUCAUGGUGUAAUAACCGAACAUGUGUACUGCGAAGUUUUAAAUUUGCAUUAAUCGAACCUGCUCGUGAUAAUACCUUAAAGUCAACAUAUAAUAACCAUACGGAGCUUUGAUACUUGAUGCCCUUAUUAUACUCUUCACAUUGUUUCAUUCAUUUGUUAGUGUCCCGCUUGACUGUGAAAACAAUGUCUAGCAAAUCCUGGAUGACUUACCUGGCUAUACAACCACCAGUUACCCUGGCCUCCUUCCUGGGAUUUGGCAAAGUUUCUGUGGUGAAAGAACAAUUUUGAAGCAUAUGAUUUGGAAGGUGUCUCUUAUCGAAAAUUGGUGGCUAUAAUAAAUCUGUCAUCAUAUUUCUGUAAAAAGAAAAAUAUGUGGAUAAAACAAGGAUUGAAAACAGGAAGUUCUUGCCAAGGCUUUUGGUUAUAAUUCAUGGAGAUGUUGCAGAACAGGGUGAAAGAGUCAAGGGUGGAAGAACAGGUUUUCAGCGGAUAAAUAUUGUGUUUCUUGGUCGGAUGUUUAUGCUACGUGUGGACACUAUAAGUUCUUACUCGUCAAUAUAAAUUGGAAUUCUUUAAGAUUUGCUGCAGGGCUCACUGUUCCAAGAGACAGUUUAAUUUUAUUGUUGCAAUGUACUUUAAAGAUUCUAAUUGUGUGGACUAUCCAUCUCUAUCAGCUUCCAUAUUCUUUUUCCAUUAGAAGGAUGCCUCAAGCUCGUCUCCAUUUAUGAUGAAUGCCAAUUACAUGUUUGUCACCCAUCAUGACGAAUGGUUCUUUGAUUUCUGAAAUUUCAGAACUUCCAUAAUUGUUAACUUUUACAAGUGAAUCAUUACAUUUUCCUUUAACAUCCACAAUUAUUUAACUGGAAAAUAUCAUGUUAUUGAUAGCCUCAUAAUUAACGUUCUUGUUCAUGUAAUGUAGAAAGCUGUUCUCUCCGUGUUGGAAGCAGUCUCUGGUGGAAAUCUGCACAGCAAACCCAUCAAGGGAAGGAAAACAAAGCAUAAUGAACCAAAGUCAGACGUCAUUAUGAAACAAUGUCGAAUUGUACUUCGCCAAGCUGCUGCUGCAGAUGAAGAUAAAGUUUUCUGCAACCUGUUGGGAUCUUCAAUGUCAAAUCCUAAUGAUAAUGAUGAUGAAGGGAUUCUUGGGUUCCCUGCCAUGGUUUCUCGUCCUUUAGAUUUUAGAACAAUUGAUCUGAGAUUAGCUGUUGGUGCAUAUGGUGGAUCCCACGAAGUUUUUGUGGAGGAUGUACGGGAGGUAUGCUUUUCUUUUCCACAGGAUUUCUAUAUGAAAUGGUCUAAUGAGUACUCGUAAAUUUCUACCUAAGCAUUGAAUGUACCUGACAUCUUAUUGGAGUAGUAGACUGAUAAUUUGGGGAGGACCGUUUAAUGAUUAUUUAUUUAUUUAUCAGUUUUACAAGGUUAUUCAUUUAUUCUAGAUUGUUUAAGAUGCCGAUUGAAAAGUUCCAUUCUUUAAUGGACCUCGGUGUUGUAUGACUCUUCCUCAAAAGGCUUGUUCCUUCCUGAUUGAUCAGUCUUGCAAUAAUUUUGAGUUCUUUCAAGGAUACAUGCUUCAUGUCAUAUGAUUUAUCUUUCAUAUGCUUAGUUCGUGGAAGAAACUGAUAAUGACUCUUGUAUAUGUUGGUGUUUGGUAGGUUUGGCACAACAUCUACAUGGCUUAUGGAGAUCGUCCUGAUUUGAUGGAAUUGGCUGAAAGUUUAUCAAAGAAUUUUGAGUCACUAUAUGAGAAACAGGUUUCAGUCUCUCUGGUCAUGGUUUUUUUCUUCUCUUCAUUUUUUAUUUCGCCUUUUCUUGUUUAUCUGCUUAAUAGGCUUACAGCUGUUGAGGCAUUAAUUGGUUAUUUUCACGUACUUAAUUUUUGCGAAUGGCUUUUAUUCCAAAGCUUGACGAGUUUCAAGCUUUUGCUAAUCCAGAGUAAAGUUUCUUUGACUUCUGUUAGCUCCUCUGUCUUUUAUUUUGAGUGGGUACUUGUAGUUGGUAGUAAAAAAAAAAAACUGCUUCAACGUCUUUCAUGGGUAUAGCAGGAUUCCAUGGGGACAUUCUUUCUAAUUGUGCUCAAGUACACAAGGUUCUUGAAAUCCGCUGCCGACACCACUGAAUUCUGGUUUUAUUAGUGGGUGGGAAAAAAAAGAAGAAGCUAAAUUUCACUAAAUAGAGUGGAAAACUGCACAGGCCAAAGUUCGCUUCCUCAGAAAUUUUGUUAAUCAUUAACAAGAUGAGGCAUAAACAUAUGCAAGAGAUCUGAUUAUUGAACUAUUCUUGUCCAUCAGAAUAGAUAUAGUGACAGCUUAUUAGACAGGAAUGAGGGCUUUAAAGGAAAAUACUGAAGUACCAUUUUGAUAUUUUGAGCUAUCAUUGAUAGGCAAAGGCUUGUAAUGGCUGCUAUACAGAUGGCCAGUCAACAUAAAUCCUGAAAUAAUCCUUUAAAUGUUCAAGUGAAAUAAAAAAAAUCAUGGAAUAUAUUUAUCCCAGUUGUUCUAUACCGGUGUUACCAAGACUUCUCGUCAGUCUUUGUUGUAGUCCUUUUCCCGGACAAAGUCUGGAGCCCAAGGUUAUGGAAUGGACUUUCAAGAGGAGUUGAUUGAGCAGCUUGAUAAGAUACUUCUACUCUCAGAAUAAUUUAUAUCUGGGAGAAAAAAUAGCUUAUCAUACUAUUGCAAUAUUAACCACUGGUUCCCAGAGUUCUCUUUCACAUGAGAUUUCUUAGUCUACUUCACAUAAGAAGCGUACAGUGACAUCUCCUCAAAAGGAUGGAGCCAUCAAAAGGAUGGAAGUGGCGUUGACCACUAGAUGGUGACCAGAAAUGAUGCCUCAUCCUCUUGUGUCCGUUUGGGUCAUGUGGAAUGAGUGGACAUGUAGCUGAUUUGGCGCGAAAGCUUAUUGUCUGAAAUGAUGUUUUAUUUAUUUUUCCUUUGGUGAGAAUUUUUGUAAUAGGCUUCUUGUUUUAUCAUGCUCGGUACCUUAUCUAAAAUUGUGUACACUGUCUUGUCACAACCCCUUAUUUUUUAGUAGCUCAUUGCAAACAUACCUCUUGUGUCUUGUCAUACAUUGUCCAUCCCACUCUUUUCACUCUUUGGGCAGCCCAGCCAGUAAAGCCGUCCGUAUGUCCCUGGUAGAUCAGAAAGUAGAAAUAAUGAUUUCUCAUCGUGUGUAUGAACAAAGUAAAAAUAUGGAAGAGGAGUCUGUAUCAUACUGAUUGUAUGGACUGCAGUUAUGUCAUAAAGGUAUAGUGCUGAUGAUUUGUAUGAGCCUAAUAAUAUCUGUUUUAAUGGUUAUCUAAACUUACCUCACCUAUCUGGAAAACUUUUGCAUAUACAUUUUCAUAGUUGUUGAAGGUAUCUAUAACCUUUUUUAGAUAUCUCACAAUUCAUUUUAUCCUAAAUUUUUCUUCCCAUGACUUGGUUCUUUCAAGUCUUGCUUGGUAAUAAAUAGCUUAGUUGGUUUCUUCAAUGUAGGUUCUCAGCCUGGUUAAGAAUUUUGCUGAUGAUACCAGUGUUGGAUGUUCAAAUGAUGAAGCUACGAGGAAUAGAAAUGACCUUCACCAUGCAAAUGAAGUUCCUAGAGCACCCUGGGAAGAGGGAGUUUGCAAAGUUUGUGGUAUUGAUAAGGAUGAUGACAGUGUUUUACUCUGUGACUCAUGUGAUUCUGAGUAUCACACUUAUUGCUUAAACCCUCCACUUUCAAAGAUUCCAGAUGGAAAUUGGUAUUGUCCUUCAUGUGUUGUUGUUCAGUGUAAAAAUCAAGGAUCUUCUCCUAGUUCCCAGGGCACUGGACGACAAGAACAUCGGUAUUUGGGAGAAUACAGUAGUAUGUUUCAUGAGGUUCUCAAUCAGCUAGUGACUUCUAUGGAAAAAAGAGAGUAUUGGGAGCUAAGCAUUGAAGAGGUUUGUUUACGCUCACAUUUUUACAUUUUGUGGUAUGCUGCAGAUUGGUACCUAUGCUUUAUGUUGUGACUUUUCAAAUUCUCGGGAAUAUUUCUGCGUUUCCUUUUUUAAGGUGAUUUCUUUACCAUUGUCAAUGCUCGGAAUCUGAGGUUUUUCUUUAUGGUCGUGCCUUUAUUUGACGUAUAUUACAAUUCCAUGCAAUGCAAGGUAGACAUUUUUUUUUUGACUUUCUUUUUAACUGAAAAUGUCAAGUUCCCAUUCCUUAUGUGUCAGAACUGUCAUAUUUUAUAUUGCUCUUUUGAAAGUAUUACCUAGUGAGAACAGAUGUAUGAUUCUUAGUGGGCAAAAAAUUGUGCAAAUGUGAGAGUUUUGUUUUUUACUUUACUAGCAGUGGUGAAAAGUAUGAUCAAUGAUCCUUGGGUAUAAGAAUGCAUAUUCUUGAAUCGUUGUUUUACCUGCAGUUUUUUCUCCCAAUGUUUUGCAAUCCAAAUUAUUCUCCAAAAUGCCUUUUGUACUGCUCCAGGCCGUGAUGAAUGCGUUUGAUUAAGGAGGUAGAAUGUGGAUCAAUUUGGAUUGGAGAAGACUAGAGGAAAUCUAAGUCACGUUGUAAGGCAGUAUUCCCAUGAGUCAUUCUCGUCUAUCUGAAUAGAAAACAUAGAACUUGGGGAUAAUAGAGUUGUGUUGGAGGGUGGUUACACAACAAUCAGGUGGAGGAUUGAUUGGGCUGUACUACAGUAUUUUCUGGUUUAUCGUAUUCAUCAUUUUACCAAUCAUUGAGCAAGAGAAUGCAAGAAGCAGGUUUUGUUUAUGUUCAGUCUUUUUUUCCUUUAGUAUAUAUAAAGAUUCUCUCGGCUUUUGCAUAUUUAAUGCACUAGUGGAUAGGAAGAUUACUGUUUUUUGUGAUGAAAAAAUCCUGAGCUCAUAUCGAAAUGAAAGACUAAGUACUCCAUGGGCGAAGUUCUCCCAUGUUAAAUGACGUACUUUAUUUUUAUGUAUGAAUUAUGACGGUUUGCAUGUAAUUUUAGCUGUUUUUGCUUCUUUGCCGCCAUUAUCAAAUUUCACUUAAGAUGAAAGGGUAAUACUCUAUUCGAUUGUCUUACUGACUGCCCUAGUGAUAAAAUUUCAGUGGAAAGGUGCCAUCGUAAACAUUAAGGUAGCAUCGUGAAAAACAAUUUUAGUGGCUAGAUAUGGCCAUCGAAAACCAAACUGUAUUCCAAACUCAAUUCUUUGGCUUUUUGUAGUUGUUUCUCAUAUAAAUACUGAAAACCUUUGGAGAAACUCUUGACAGAUAAUUUUUUUUGGGUGAUUGGGAUAACCUUAUUGAAUCUACCAGCCUUGGAGAAACGUUUGAUGAAUGAAACUUUUUGGGUGAUUGGGAUAACCUUGUUGCAUCGCCUAUACGUGUCUAUUCCACGGGAAGCACAAACGAUUGAGUAUUAUGUUUAUAUUUACAUAUUUAUCAAAUUUUAAUUUUGGAAUCACUUUUUCUCGUGGUUUUCUAAAGUCAUUUCCUCUUUCUCGGAAAUUAUAUUCCUAUGGCAUCUAAGGGCAUUGUUUCUGAUUUCAUGUUGUCUGCAGAGGACAUUCUUGCUGAAAUUUCUGUGUGAUGAGGUGCUGAGUUCCGCACUUAUACGUGAACAGCUUGAGCAGAGUGUGGAUACAUCAAAUGAGCUGCAGCAGAAAAUCCGCUUGAUCGUAGUGGAAUGGAGAAAUUUGAAAUUUAAGGAAGAUUUGUUGAUCAGAAUGUCAAAGGAGAUUUCAGGAAAGGUCAAUGGAACAAGUGAAUCCUUACGGGAUGAAGGGACAGCUAAUGUUAUUGCAACUGAUGGUAAAUUAAUCGGGCAGGAGCAUCAUUUUAGUAACAGGUCUGAUUGUCAGAUAUUCGUUACCGAAGAGAAUGGACAGAUUGAUAUGAAUAAGCAAGUCAAUGAGCUCUUCUGUAAGAGAUUCGUGUUUGAUAAACAUUCUAAUGCUAACGGUACUCGAUCAAGUAGCUUAAAUGAAUUUUCAGAUCCUAAGGUAUCUUGUGAUGAGCGAAAUAGUGAUGGUCUCGUCCCGAAAAAGAUGUUCGCUGGCGAAAAUCAUGCGUUAAUUCUGGAUGCUGACGGAGAUGACGGGUGCAGAGUGGCUGACAAAUCUAGCAGAUUAGUUUCCCAAAGUGAAAUUAGUGAUGAUAAAACACACAAGGGACAUUUGGGUGUCCAAGAAGUUACUGCUAAUGUUUCAGUCAUAAACUCUGUCAUACAUGUAGAAAAUGAUGAGAAUCUAUUACCAAUCACAGAAUCUGGCCCCAGGAACAUCAAUAUCGAAGAGAAUGUGCCUGUUAAAUCAACAGACCCUGCAAUCCCUGAAUCCAUGGUAGACUUGACGACUUCUGAUGACAAGAUCUCGCUGUCUUCCAUCAAUGUUUACGCCAAUGCCACAGAGUCGCAAACUUGUACAGCUAAGCUAAAGUCCCUAAAAAAUGAUAUCUUACGUUUGGAGGAAUCCUUUGCUGUUUUAGAAUCACAGCUUCUGAUGUCAACUUUACGCAGGGACUUCUUGGGCAGGGAUUCUUUUGGUCGAAUGUAUUGGUCCAUUGUUAGACCUUGUAAGCGCCCUUGGCUACUAGUUGAUGGAAACACGUCAGCCCAACAAAAUGGAGACUAUGGAGGCCCCUUUAUUGGCAGUGCAGGUGAUGCGUCAAAGAAGGAUGCUUGCAAUGUGCGUACAUGUGCUUCGAGAUCAUCCAAUUCUGGGCCAAAAGAUGAUACUAGGAAUUCAUAUCGUUUGGUCUUAUAUGAGUCUGACCAGGAAAUCCAUGAACUUGUUUGCUCUUUGAGGGAGAGUGAUCCCAGAGAGAGAGAAUUAAAGGAAGGCAUCGUGCAGUUGCAGAGACUCGGCAGUCACCAUGUUUCUAGUGAUACUCAAGUUAUAUCAAGGCCAUCUGGCAUGGACAGGGUGGCUCCACCUCAGUUGCUUACUAAGGCUGCGAUUUUACUUGAAAGUAAGUACGGCCCUUGUCUGGAGCCCGAAAGCAAUGAUGGUUCAAGGAAGCGUGCAAGAAAGUGUAAGAACUUUGAAGAGAGAAUGCGCAGAUGUGAGUGCUUGGAACCGAUCUGGCCUUCCAGACAUCACUGCCUCCAGUGCCACCAGACAUUUGGUACUCGAUUAGAACUUGAGAAGCACACCGAUGAAAGGUGCGCCAACCGUGUGCCUCCGGGUGAGAACAAGGAGUCCGGCGACUCUGUGAAAGGUAAAAUGGGACGAUCAGACAGUAACUAUCAGAAAGAAUCUCUCGACGAAACAGAUUUGAUUGGGGAAUCAAGGAGUGCUGUGGACAUCACCCCUAGGUUGCCUCAUUUUCAGAAUCAAUUAUGCCCACAUGACUUCAAGGAGAUCAGUCGUAGGUUUAUCCCCAAAGGUGCCAUCAAGGAUUUGGUGCAAGAGAUAGGGCUUAUUGGAUCAAAUGGAAUUCCUUCCUUCAUCCAACCCGACCCUCAAUCUUUUCUUGAUCCUUCUCUUGUGCUGGUUAAAAACGAGGGAUCCGAUGUGGUGCUGAUCUCCGCAGAAGGAAUGGCAGAAGGAGAUGCGCGCAUCGAAAGUGACGACACACUUGAGCAAUGCAGAAAGACGCCAGGUGAUGCUGAUUAUAUGGAGAUAAUGGAAAUAUCGAGCAUGCCAGCGCGUUUGAACAAUACGCUAAACGGCUCUUGCAAAGAUAAUGUAUCAGUGCCGGGCAUCAAUCACACCUGUAUUGUUCCAGAGUCAUCAUUGAGACCUCUUGGAGGAAAGGUUUCUCAGAUCCUGAAGCAGCUCAAAAUAAACUUGCUUGACAUGGACGCUACCUUACCAGAGGAGGCUCUAAGACCAUUGCAGGCUCUCUCAGGGAAAAGACGUGCAUGGCGUUCUCUUGUUAAAUCAGCAGAAUCGAUUUAUCAGGUGAGCUGAGCUGAGCCUAUCUAUAGAUUGUCCAUUUUUCUAUGCAAUUCACUUGAUUUGUUCUUCAUGCCCAUCAUCACGGUUGCCGUUUGCAUAAGUACUGUGUUCUUGAGGCGCUCCUGGUACACAGUUCGAGACAUAAUGUUCAGGAUUAAUUUAAUCCUCUUCUCAAAUUGUUCGUCAUUUUUUUAGAUGAGUAGAGACGUUCGUGAAUGCCUCUUCUGUCUUUCGAAUUCCUUUCUUAAGUUAAUGAACUUGUAUUGUGCCAAAAAAGGAAAAAAAAGAUGUAUUCAUAUGCACAUAUAGCUUGAUCUCCCCUGAUUUCCAUAAUCAUCACUGAAGAAGUGCCCAUCUUCUCUAGUUAAGUAAAAGCAUGAAUGAAACAUCCCUAGGCUGAGCCUCCCCCUUUUUUUCCAUGUUCCUCAUGGGCAGAUGGUUCAGGCUACUAUACUGCUGGAGGGGAUGAUCAAGACUGAUUACUUGAAGAGCGGGUGGUGGUACUGGUCCUCGCUCACUACUGCGGCAAAGACCGUCACCAUCUCCUCUCUCGCCCUCCGCAUCUAUGCCUUGGAUGCGUCCAUUGUUUAUGCAAAGACGGCAUCAGACCCCGGCAUGGCGGAGAGUGUGAAGGCGACUCUGAGCAGGGCAGGGAGGAAGAAGAAGGACAUGGAUGGAGGAGCGUAG